CUUUCUCUAUCAAUGGUAGUUUCUGUAAUUUCUGAAGCUUCGAGGCCUCAAAUGUCAAUGGCUGUCAUCCCUGAGAGGACCCGCUCUCUCCACAACUUCUCUUUUCCCAAAUGGGUAAUCCAAAAACACAUCAGGUUCAUCAAAACUAAUCCAAAUGGAGACACCUCACCUCCCUUUCGAUCAUCUAUCCCAGAAUCCAACGGUCCAAAUCGCUCCAGAACCUACCUCCAACCCCUCCAUCAAUCCCCUCCUUCCUCUUCUACCCGUCCCUCAAGCCCUAAAUUACAAAACGUGCCAUCGAUCCGGAAAAAGGAAGGCGAGUUGAAGCUCAUAAUCUCUUGCUGCAAGUCAAGGACAGAGAAGGAAGGAGAGUCGAAGCAGCUUCCGUCCGUCGAUGGGCGGACCGAAAUCUGCGCUUCUGUGGAAGUGGAGAAAGAGGCGGAAUUGCCGGGGAAGAAGCCGAGGAAUCUGAGACAGAAGAUAUCCUGUCCUGAUCCACCAAAUGGAAUUGGGAAUUCUUCUACUCUAAUUCCGCCGACAGCAAGGAAUGAGCUGAAAUCUAAGCGGUUGAAGGCGUUGGCCACCAAGGCUUGCAGCAGAGAGAAUGACAAGAAGGAGAAGUUGGAGUUCUCGAUCUCUCUGUCGAGGAAAGAGAUAGAAGAUGAUUUCUUGGCAAUUACAGGAUUGAAGCCUCCUCGACGGCCAAAGAAGAGACCGAAGAAUAUACAAAAGAUAUUGGACGCGAAUUUCCCCUGUUUAUUGUUAUCUGAGAUAACUCCUGAUUCAUGGAGAAUUCCUGAUGUUCAUGAAUUGACAAAGAGGUAGAUUGCUAUAAUCUUAAUAGGAGUUCUAAUUUCUACUAAAUUUUUAGCCGGCGAACCGCUGCUGCAUUGAGACCCCUUUCAAUCAGAGGUAUAUCAUACCAGGAAUCUGUAUAGAUGAGAAACAAAAAGGAAGCACGCAAAAGAAAUGACAAAAUGUUCAGUUUUUGGCUUUUGUUUGAUGUGAU